AUGGACAGAGAUCCCGGAUUUGCAGAUGCAUACUGCAGCAAAAUCCAAGAAUAUCUGGACAAAGAUUACAUUGUAAAAGUGUCAAAAGAAGAAGUUAUAAAUCAUUAUCAUCAUCCACGACUGUGGUACUUACCACAUUUUGGCGUCUUCAACCCCAACAAGCCUGGAAAACUACGCCUCGUGUUUGAUGCAGCUGCAAAAUCACACGGGACAAGUUUGAAUGAUAACUUGUGUCAAAGUCCAGAUCUCAACAAUUCUCUGGUUAGCGUGUUGAUGAAGUUCCGGCAGUACAAGUACGCGUUUGCUGGAGACAUAAAAGAAAUGUUUCAUCGUGUGUACAUUCAAGAACAAGAUAGAAUUUCGCAAAGAUUCCUUUGGAGGGGAAGGGAUCGAUGGAGCGAACCUGAAGUGUAUGAAAUGAAGGUCAUGAUUUUUGGAGCUGCCUCCUCUCCAACAUCGGCUCAAUUCACAAAAAAUAAGAAUGCGAACCUUCAUAUUGACCAGUAUCCUGAAGCAUGUCACGCCAUCACCAAGAAACAUUACGUGGAUGACUACUUGGAUUCGACGCCCAGUUUGGAACAAGCAGUUAAGUUGGUGCGAGAAGUUAUCGAAGUUCAAGCCAGGGCCGGUUUUCAAGUUUGUAAUUGGGUUGCUAACUCUCAAGAGAUAUUGAAUUCUAUUCCUGAGGAACUGAGAGCACCAGAGUCAAAACAAUUGAACAUUAAAGAUUGUUUACCGGAGGGAAGAAUUUUGGGAAUGUGGUGGAACCAAGAUGACGAUACAUUCCGAUUCAAGUUUAACUUCAACAAAGUACCACAAGAAAUUACUGAAGGGACAAAGCGACCCACUAAAAGACAAGUUCUCAAAGUUGUCAUAUCUGUAUUCGACCCAUUGGGAAUCUUAGGACAUUUGAUUGUAAAAGCGAAGAUAUUGAUGCAGGAUAUAUGGAGGAGUGAUAUCACCUGGGAUGAUGAGUUGCCCACCACCCUGGAUCUCAAAUGGUCAAGUUGGUUGCAGGAGUUGAAAGGAAUCACUGGGGUAAUCAUUCCAAGAUGUUACUCGUACCGCAUCCCGAAGAGUGCAGCAGUUCAACUCCACGUGUUCUGCGAUGCCAGCGAGAAGGCUUUCGCAUGUGUAGCCUUUCUCCGAGUCGAAGAUGAGGAACAAGUCGAUGUCAACAUCAUCAUCUCAAAAACAAGAGUUGCGCCACUGAAAGUACUUCCCAUUCCGAGGUUGGAGUUGCAAGCAGCAGUUAUGGGAGUUCGAGCCGCAAAUAUGAUGAAAGAAGAACUGGAAAUAAAAAUCACUAACACUGUAUUCUGGAGUGAUUCAUCCACGGUGCUGAAGUGGAUACGUAGCGACGCAAGAAACUAUAAGCAGUUUGUUUCGCACCGAAUUGGCGAAAUCUUGGAGUCAACCGAUGUUGAGGAUUGGAAUUGGAUCCCCACCAAGUUAAACGUUGCUGACGACGCCACGAGAGACAACUUGGAGAGCGAUCUGGGUCAAUCGAGUCGUUGGUUCAAAGGAGCUAGUUUCCUGUACAAGAGUGAAGAAAUGUGGCCGAAGGAGGACUUUAGAAGUAAACAAGAAGCAGAUGAUUCAAUGGAACUGAAGUGUGCAGUAGUGAAUGUGACUCGUGAACUACACAAGAAUUUACUCUCACCAGAAAAAUACAGUAGUUUCUGCAAGUUAAUCAGAGUUACAGCAUGGAUUUCACGUUUCAUUAAUAAAUUAAAGAAGAAGACGUUCACCGGAAGUGAUUUGACAGUGGUGGAGCUGAAUAAGGCCGAGUUAUACUGGAUUAAAGUUAUCCAGCAAGAAUCCUUCCCAGAGGAGAUAAAGUCGUUAAAUGAGGGGAAGCAGUUAACCAAAAGAAGUGUACUAUAUAAACUGAGUCCCGAAUUGCAUAAUGGAAUUAUUCGGAUGAGAGGAAGAUUAAGUUAUGCAAGUUAUUUACCAUUCGAGACAAGAAAUCCAAUCAUUUUUAACUGGAAGCAUCCCGUGGUAAAGUUAAUUGUUAAAAAGUAUCACCAGCAAAAUGGUCAUCAAGGUCGAGCUACAGUGGCAAGUGAUCUUCGUCAGCAGUUUUGGAUUAUCGGAUUAACAGCUGCUGUAAAGGAAGCAUUUGCAAAGUGCCAGUUUUGCAAGAAUAGAAAAAUUCAGCCCCAAGUUCCUGAGAUAGGAAAUCUACCAGACUUUCGACUUCAAAGUCAUGUGCGACCUUUCACCAACACCGGAAUGGACUAUUUCGGACCAAUUGAAGUAGUAGUUGGCCGUCGACACGAGAAAAGAUGGGGAGUCAUAUUUACUUGUCUCUCAACACGAGCAGUCCAUUUGGAAGUCGCACGGAAUUUGGACACAACUUCAGCAAUCAACGCAAUCAGAAGAUUUACCAGCCGUCGUGGUCAACCGUGUCACAUCUUCAGUGACAAUGGAACCAACUUCCAUGGAGCAAGUACAGAAUUGAAAAAAGCAUUAUCAGAAAUAAAACAAGUUGACAUCGAACAACAGUUAUCAAGUAAUAACAUCCAGUGGCAUUUCCAACCACCAGCAGCAAAACAUAUGGGUGGAGUCUGGGAGCGACUCAUUGGAUGCGUCAAGAAAGUGCUUUCUGGAAUAGUGGAAAGUGAAGUGUAUAACGACGACACACUCCACACCUUUCUACUUGAAGCAGAAGCAAUUCUGAAUAAGCGACCUUUGGUGGAGUUAUCAUUGGACCCACAAGAUCCAACGCCACUCACACCAAAUCACUUUCUGAUGGGAUGGAGUUCGGGGUCAAGUCACAAAUUCGUACCACAAGAUGAUACAUGUGGAGAGUUCGAGAAUGCCGAUAAGAUUGGGCGACACAAUUGGAGAACUGCUCAGAGAUUAGCUGACGAGUUUUGGAAGAAGUGGGUCAGGUCAUAUCUCCCAACAUUAACAAGACGUGAGAAAUGGCAUCAACCUGCUAAACCUAUCAAAGUUGGGGACCUAGUGCUCAUCGUGGACGACCAAGCCAAAAGAAACACGUGGGAACGAGUACGAGUUGAAGCUGUCUACCCUGGAAAAGAUCAUAAAGUUCGUGUCGCCGACAUAAGAACAUCGAAGGGGUUGUAUCGUCGCCCAGUUUCCAAGUUGGCAGUACUCGAUGUGGAUGAAUCUGCGAUCAUCGAGGGGAAGAAUGUCGUGGGAUGA